GCCAAAUAUCCUAAAUCCAAUCUGACUCAUCGACAGCCGUCCAUCUCUCUCUCUCUUACACCUACUUUUUCCCCGUUUGCGAUCGUUGGCUUGUUCUGGGUCUCUCAGCCCAGAGCGUCUCCCUCUCUCCUCAUUGCAUAUCGAGAAGAAGAUCACGAAAAUGGAGAAGGCCUUAACGAAUCGAAUAGAGCAACUCCAGCCAAGGGACAUAAGUUGAAAAAAUCUAGGGUUUGGAAAUAUCUUUCUCCAUAUUCCUCUUCAGAUUUCUUUCCCUCGAAACAUCAUUCCCGCUCUCCUUUUCCCUCGUUUCCGUUUCGUUUCCCGAAGGUACGGGGGAAAUAUCUUUCCAGGCGCCUGUUUGGUUGUUUUGCCGCUAGCUCUUCUCCGGAUCGAUUUUCUAAGGAAGAUAUUUCCCGGCAACAAAAAAGAAAAAAAUCACCUCCAUUUUUAGCUCUCGGCGACGACUUCAUCUGCUCCAUGGUUCUCCAAGCUAUUUCAAGGAGCCUUGCGUGUGAUUUUGUUGGUUCAGAGGAACAAUAGGUGGUGGUUGGGGUGGAGAGGGAGGAAUCAUUGAUGGAGGAUUUACAGUCAAGCAGGAUUGGAGACCUCAAAAAUUAUAUUUUUGUCUCUCAUAUAGAUUCUUGAUAUCUUGAUAUGUUCGAUCCAUUUUUGCAAUUGGAUCUGGGAUAUAUUUGAGGUUGAAUGCAAAUUGGUUUAUGGAUUUGCAAGCAUCUUCUUCGUCAAGGGAUUUGUUGAAAUGCUGUAAUUGUGAGUGUAGCUGUUCGUUGAACAGUAGCUCUUCCGGUACUUGGCUUCGGUCUGUAAAACGAAAGUAUGAUGAGUUUGAGGAGCGUAACCGAUUCUCCAUACCAGGGUUUGAUUUCUUCUCAAAUGCUAGGAUUCAGAUUGAGAACGAAUGUGCUCUGCUCCGUGAGAUGGUUAGUAGUCAACAGGAAGCAAUUCAGGAUUUGCAUACUGAAUUGGAGGAAGAGAGAAAUGCCUCUUCAUCAGCUACAAAUGAGGCCAUGUCGAUGAUAUUGAGAUUGCAAAGGGAGAAGGCGGAGAUCCAAAUGGAGGCUCGACAAUUCAAGCGUUUUGCAGAGGAGAAGAUGGCACAUGACCAGCAGGAGCUUAUGGCUUUGGAAGAUUUGUUAUAUAAGAGAGAGCAGAUCAUUCAUUCGCUUACUUGUGAAGUGCAGGCUUAUAAGCAUAGGAUGAUGAGUUAUGGGCUCACGGAGGCGGAGGUGGAGGGUGAGAGGAGUGGGCUUAGCCGCAACUAUAGCAUGGAGGAGUUUGAUACGCAAAUCGAACUCCCCAUGUAUGACUACCCACCUUUGAAAUGCAAUCAACAAGAGACCCAAGCUCCUUUGGAUGAUGAAAAUGAUGGAGAUGAUGUUGAGAAAUAUGCAUUUGGUGAGAACCCUUUUGCUAAAGACCAGCUGAAGAACUUGGAAGAUAGAGUCUUCCAGAUGGAGAGAAGUCCCAGCAAUGGUCGGCUGGAUGGGGAUUUCUCUGGUUCAAAGAACAUUCUAGAAAAGGUGGUAGUUGGUCACUCUCCCAGGCGGUCAAGAGACUCCAGUAGAUUUUACAACGAACCAAGUUCGUUCGUGGGGGUGGUAAAAGAAACUGGUCCAGAUAUUUCCACAGAAUCUCCGAGGCCCAGUGGCAGUUUCAUUAAUACAGAGGAUGUUUCACAGGUAGAGGACGACGCUAAAUUAAGAAAAUUCGAUAAUGCAUCUGAAAUGGCAGAUGACAUGAGUGACAGAAUUUAUACCAUUGACUCAGUCCAUAAUGGAGUAUCGAAUGGUGGUUUUACCAAUCCCAAAGCUGGAGUUGGUAUUUCUGAAGAAUAUGUAACCACUCCAAUGUCACUGAAUCGGGAUGAUCAUGCGGGUCCAGACAUUAAGAAGCUCUAUUUGAGGCUUCAGGCACUUGAGGCAGACAGGGAAUCAAUGAGGCAGGCAAUCAUUUCCAUGCGUACUGAUAAAGCUCAAAUGGUAUUACUGAAAGAAAUAGCUCAACAAUUGUGCAAGGAAAUGUCACCGGAAAGGCAAAUUACUAUAAAGAAGCCAUCUCUUCUAGGAAGCUUUUCAUUUAUAUCAGUUUUUAAGUGGGUUGCCUCAUUUAUUUUCUGGAAAAAGAGAUCUCGUCGAAGCAAGUACAUGUGUGGCCUCUCAACCGGCACUAUGGGCUUGCUAAUGCUUCUAGACAAGGGCCCUCGUGUGAGGCCGUGGAGAUGUCUUACAAGCACUCAAGUGUAAAUGCAUUCUCGAUUCUUCCGUAUCCAUUGGGUGUCUAUCCUUGUGCUUGUGGACAGCUGGUGAAUUCCUGAUUACGACUUCUAUGCUUAGAUUUUACAUUCUUUUUCUGGGUUCUUGGUUGCUGCAAAAGUGGUUGAAUUGUGAGGUAUUCUUUUGUUUCAUUUCAUGUGAUUGACUGUAUUUUGCUCCUUGAUUGGCGAAACAUUUAUAUGGUAAAGGCAUGCCUGCUCGUGUACUUGGAGUUAA